UGCUGUUUCCUGUCUCCUUUGAAGCAUGUUUGCUAAUAGCUAUUUUACAAAACAGCAGAAGAAGUAGCAAUAAACCUCGCCAAGCAUGGUUAAUGUCAGUAGAAUUUGCCUUCGAAAGUAUGGAAACUUCAUAGACAACCUACGUCUGUUUGUACGAGGAGGAACUGGCGGCAGUGGUUUACCUCGUCUUGGCGGUGAGGGAGGUCGGGGAGGAGAUGUUUGGGUGAUGUCUUCAAAGGAUGUAACUUUGAGUAGGAUCAAAAGCAAAUAUCCUCAGAAGCGUUUCAUAGCUGAAAAUGGCGCCAAUAGCAGUGUUUGUGCACUGAAAGGAGACAAGGGAAAGGACCAAGAAAUAUUGGCCCCAGUUGGUAUCACCGUAACUACUGAUGAUGGCAGAGUAAUUGGUGAUUUGAAUUCUGAAGGCGACCGUGUCUUGGUGGCAAAAGGUGGGCGAGGAGGCUCCUCCUACACUGCAUUUCUGCCCAGUAAGGGCCAGGCCAAGCACAUCCGCCUGGACCUUAAGCUCAUUGCAGACCUGGGCAUGGUCGGAUUCCCAAAUGCAGGAAAGUCCUCUCUUCUGACAGCCCUGUCUAAUGCCACACCUAAGAUUGCCAGUUACGCUUUCACAACUUUGAGGCCGGAGAUUGGGAAAAUGAUGUAUGAAGAUCACAAACAGAUCGCUGUUGCUGAUCUUCCAGGACUAAUUGAAGGGGCUCAUAUCAACAAAGGAAUGGGCCACAAGUUCCUCAAACAUGUGGAGCGGACCAAGCAGCUGUUAUUUGUGGUGGAUGUUUGUGGUUUCCAGCUGGCAAGUACAACUCCAUUUAGAUCAGCAUUUGAAGCUGUGCAACUUCUCACAAAGGAGUUGGAGUUGUACAAGGAGGAACUCAUGACUAAGACUGCCUUGUUAGUGGUGAAUAAGAUGGACCUACCUGAUGCUGAAGAAAAACUAGAAAAGCUGAAGGAGCAACUACAAAAUGCACAUGAGUUCUCUCAUCUUUUGCCUGAAGACAUGAUACCAAAGAAAAAUAUGACUUUCAAACACAUGAUUCCUGUUUCAGCAUUGACCGGGUUUGGUAUCGACCAUCUGAAAAAGUGCAUCCGACAGUCGCUUGAUGAAGAAGCAGCCACUGAAGAUAAGGACAUGUUUCAAAAAAAGCUGCAGGCACUGAGGUACCAAACACAGGUGCUGCAGUGACCAAAA